AUGCUGGUCACUGUGGUCACCGUGGUCACCACUAUCUUCACCAUCUUGUCGAUCUUAUUCGUGGCUGCUCGACUAUGGGCUAGAUUCAAGAUCGUUAAAGCACCUGGACUUGACGAUCUGCUGAUCGGAUUAGCCCUGAUGUCAGGUCUUGUUCUCUAUGCCAUGAUCUUUAUUGAAAUACGCAACGGUCUCGGUAAACCCGAGGAGACCCUUUCCCAGAGUGUAAUUGAGGAACAUCUUCGAGUCCUUUGGAUCUCAAUCGCAUUCUACAACCUCUCUCUUAUCCUUUCCAAGCUAUCCGCUCUCUCCCUUUUUCUUCGCAUAUUUCGAUCUCGAAAAUUCGUCAUCUUCACAUACUCAUUCAUGGCUGUACUCAGUGUUGCAGGGUUUUGGAUGGUUCUGAGUUCUAUAUUUUUCUGUCGACCUAUAUCCAAGUUCUGGAACGUCAAUUAUCCAGAGGACAAGGGGUACUGCUUGCCUAAGCAGGCCACUUGGUACUUCAAUGCAGCCUUCCAGAUCGCUUCCGACGUGGUGAUUUUGAUCAUGCCAAUGCCUCUGCUGUGGAAAUUACAUCUGCCUUGGAGGCAAAAGUCAGGCAUCAUGUUGGUGUUUGGUGUGGGAAUUGUUGUCAUUGCCACGAGCAUAGCUAGAAUGCUCGAACUCACCGAACUCUUCACCAGUGAUUUCACCCGUACGUACCCAGAGAUUUCCAACCGCCAAACUUUUCUCACUCAGAGAGAAGGAGAGAAAGAGAGAGAGGAAUACCCCCCAGCUGACUUUUUCUUUUUCCGUUUCACAGAAAGCAACGCCAAAGCUGCCUUGUGGUCCGCAUUGGAAGUAGAUGUGUCCAUCAUCUGCGCAUGCAUGGCGCCAAUUUACCCUUUUCUUUCCAGCAUCUUCUCCUGGUGCUUCCGCCCACAGCCUUUACACUCGUCCCCCGCGACAAAGAAUCACUCUCACUCGACUUUCGCCCACCUCACUUCUUCCCGUAAACAUUCCGUCCACGAGCCCACAUGCCCUGACGGUGGUGUCAUCUACAACGACUACUUCUUCUCUGGCCCCGGUUCCUACACUGCAAGUAUCUCCAAAAUCAACACGAGUGAAGACGGUCCCAGCCACAAGGCCAUGGCCGAGGGGGAGGAUGGAAUUCGUGUUGUGAGAGAGCUACGAAUGGUCUCGGAUGUGGCUCCCACCCCUGUAUUAACACCGGGAUGGGAUCACGGGAAAGAUUUUGAGAUGGAGGCCGGCUUACAUUUUGAGCCGCAGGCUUUGCAUUCUGCAAGCGGGAUUGAACAUCAUGACUUCCAGUAUGACUGGGACUUGGCGGACUUUGAGUUCCCUGACUACAAAGAGCGGAUGAAUGCCCCUGUAUGA